GGAGGUGAGCCUUGAUGUGAUGGAAAUAGCCCUGAACUUGGUGUCAAAAAGACCAAGGUUUGCGUUGAAUCUUGGUUAGUUUUAUUGUGAUCUUGGCCAGAAUUCGACUACUCCACAAUGACAACAGUAACAGUGACCACAGAAGUUUCUUCAAAGGGCAGGAAAGAAGAUAAUUCUGCCUCGUAUGAGUCAACGUCGGCUCACAUUAUUGAAGAGACAGAAUAUGUGAAAAAGAUUCGAACUACUCUGGAAAAGGUCCGAAAUCAACUGUUUAAAGAUGAAAUAGGACGUAACAAUACAAAUAACAUACUAGAUGCAAAGCACCGUCAAAACAUGCAAAAUGACUCUGAAUCUGAAAUGGAGCCCUCUUGUUGCAGUUUGGAUCAGCUUAUGGAAAGGAUGAGAGGAAAAGAUUUACAGCUCUUAGAAAUGAACAAAGAGAAUGAAGUAUUGAAAAUCAAGCUGGACGCCUCCAGAGAAGCUGGAGCAGCGGCUCUGAGAAACGUGGCACAGAGAUUGUUUGAAAACUAUCAACGACAGUCUGAAGAAGUUAGAAAAAAGCACGAGGACAGUGCACACUCACUCCAGGCUAACAAGCUUGAAUACGAGCAGAAGUUGAAACAACAUGUUGAAAAUUUGAAUCAAGUUGCUGAAAAGCUUGAAGAAAAACACAACCGAAUCACAAAAUUGGAGAACCUUGUACAGCAAAUGGAAAAGGAAAAGAGAACACUGCUAGAAAGAAAAAUGUCUCUGGAAAACAAGCUGCUGCAACGCAAAGCCAACGCUACAUAUGCUAAAAGUUGCCAGGAUCUUCAAAUGGAGAUUUCCACUCUCCAGGAGCAGAUCUCUCAUCUGCAGUUUGUGAUUCACUGCCAACAUCAGAACCUGCGCAGUGUCAUCCAGGAGAUGGAAGGGUUAAAAAAUAAUGUAAAAGAGCAAGAUAAAAGAAUUGAAAAUCUGAAGGAAAAAAUUAACAUACUUGAAGCCCAGAAUAAAGAACUAAAAACCAAGGUGGCACUCUGGUCUGAAACUCCUAGGACAAAGGAGUCUAAGGCAGUCUCUACAAGUGCAUUGAAGACUGAAGGCACCUCCCCUUAUUUAAUGUUGAUUAGACUACGGAAAUGAACAGACUGGAGAAGAUCUGAUUGAAAAAGAUCGUUGUGUAGUUCUUAUUUAUUCCUUGAAAAAUAGUCCAAACUUG